UUCAAAUCCUUCUCCCAUUCAAAAAACCAGCAGCCCCGACGCCGACCCCUCGCUGCGUCGCUGCCGGGACGUCGCCCCUCACUCCCUCCCUGUGUCGCUGCCUCUCCCUCCCUGCGUCGCCGCCGGCCCGCCGCCGCUCCCUCCCUGGGUCACCACAUCUCAAUCCCUCCCUCCAGCUGCUCAUCUUCAGUCGAGCUCAAUCCCUCCCUCCAGCUCCUCAUCUUCAAUCGAGCUCAAUACCUGCCUCCAGCUGCUCAUCCUCAAGCUACAUCAGGACUCCAGCCGGCGAGCAUCCGCCGCUGCAUCAGAGAGAGGACAAGCUGCUCAUCCUCAAUUGACCGCAAGCUACCCGUCACAUCAAGUGACCCCGCGCAGCGGUGGCGGCAGUAGCACCUCGAGGCUGGCGGCAUCCUUCACUCACCGACACUACCAGUCAGGAGGCAGAUGGAGCUGCUCAAAGACCAGAAACAGAGAAUGUUGAAUGAGUUACAUGGAGCAGUUCUGCAAGCACAAGCUGUGAGGAAAGAAGAUGGAUAGCUAGAUGAACUGUGCUGCUGGUAGUUGUUUGAUAUGAAUAAAAUAUGGGAGAGUUGAAUAUAGGAGAGCGCCAAUCGAUCUACUACAGGAGUGAUAUGGUGAACUGCUGUGAGAAUUGCUUCUCGUGCGCAUCUCUUACGUUUCAACUUGUCAUGAUAUGCUUGUCAAAUAUUGGUUUAUGGCUGAUUGCCGAUUGCCAUGGUCGCACCAAUGCUUUGCUGCUGCUGUCCAGGUCCAGGUAGCAACAUACUUCCAGCCUCUGGUCAGUUGUUUGACGCAUCGAGAAUCAUGAGAUUGCCAUGUCCAAGAUGCCAAGUGUUUCAGGUUAGAAAGGGAUUGCUCAAGGAUGAUAUGCCUUAUCAGAAGUUUGCAUUGUACCACCGUUGGCUCCAUGUUGUGAGCGUCAGUUAAAACAUGCUGCAGAUGUACAAAUGUACAAUGUUCAGGUUGACCCAGAAUCCAGUUUAGUCAUAGCUGAAUGAAAUUUGAGCCUACAAUUGCUACGAUACUAUAUUUCCUUUUUUAGUUCAUAAAGAAAUAGCACUUUGAUAUCAUAAUGAGGCUAGCAAGCUUAGUUUGGAAAGCGGUGCGCCUUAUUUUGAAUACCUUGUAGGCCUUGGUGAUUGCAAGAUUAUAGUGAUUAUUAAUGUAGUAAAAUUUUCAUUAUGGAAGCAAUUUUCUUAGCAACUCGAAAACAUGGCAGUAGUUGAAGGCUGCUGAACUUUUGUUGCUAUGUACCAUGAUAUAUAUUUUUAAAAAAAAAGAUAAACUACAGUUCUUAAUUAAGGGUCUCAAUCUAGAGCCAAAAAAGCAUGAGACAUUGCCUAUUUUUCAUUAGAAAUUAGGGAUCUGACAUUAGUGACACGGAUUUGUGCCCGUAGGGUUAGAUAAUAUGCUAAGCCAAUUCUUAACUAUACUUCACUGCGGCGUACCGAUAUCAACUGCUCAACAGCACGCCCUAGGGUUAACGAUCCCCGCUUAACGCUCGUCAAAUCAAAUUGUCAUUUCAGGAUAUGAUGAAUUUUACAUUUAUUUUGUCCGUAGCAAAGCACAGGCACAGACCUAGUUCGAAAGAAGAAUGCUGAGCUCUUUCUGAAGUUUUAAGUGAAGAAGUUUCUGGCCGUGAAGUCAUGUGUGUGGACGUGUCUUGUGCCUGCUCUCUUACUCUCGGUCAGGAACAUGUGGCUCCAGCCCCUCCAGCUCUCGAAACAUGAAACUCUCGCCGGAAGUCACAUAUGGCGCCGGUUCCCUCACGCCCUGUCCAAAAAAUAACCUGCCGCCGCGGCGCCGCCAUGGCACUUGCCACCUCCAUCUCUUCUCCUCAGCUCCGCCACUGCUCCUCCUCCGUUCCACCUCCACGGCGUCGUCCAUGGCGACGCCUCCGUCCCGCGGCUGCCGUGGCCGCCUCGGCAACGGCAACGCCGCCGUCGGAGGGGAACAUCGUCAUCGUGGGCGCGGGCGUCGCGGGCCUGGCCACCGCGCUCGCCCUGCGCCGACUCGGCGUGGGCGCGGCCGUGCUGGAGCAGGGCGAGGCCCUGCGCGCGGGCGGCACGUCGCUGACGCUGUUCAAGAACGGGUGGCGCGUGCUGGACGCCGUCGGCGUCGCCGACGAGCUCCGCGCCAAGUACCUCCGCAUCCAGGGGAUGAGGAUGCGGUCGCCGGCGGCGGGCGGGCGGGACUUGCGCGAGUUCUCCUUCGAGGAAGAAGCCCCCGGGCAGGAAGUGCGAGCGGUGGAAAGAAGAGUGCUUCUCGAGACCCUUGCUUCUAAGCUGCCACCAGGCACGAUAUCAUUCUCAUCGAAACUGAAAUCAAUUGCAGAGCAAGGGCCUGAUGGCACCCUGCUGGAACUCGAGGAUGGGAGACAAAUUCUCUCCAAGAUUGUGAUCGGCUGCGACGGCGUGAACUCGCCGAUCGCGAGGUGGAUGGGCUUCUCGGAGCCCCGGUACGUCGGGCACAUGGCGUUCCGGGGGCUCGCGGAGUACGCCGACGGCCAGCCGUUCGAGCCCAAGGUGAACUACAUCUACGGCCGAGGGGUCCGUGCCGGCUUUGUCCCCGUCUCCCCUACCAAAGUCUACUGGUUCAUCUGCUUCAACAGACAAGAUCCAGGGCCAAAGAUCACGGACCCGGUGGCGCUCAAGAGCGAGGCGCUGGAGCUCGUCCGCGGCUGGCCGUCGGACCUCCUGGCCGUGAUGCGCAGCACGCCCGAGGGCGCCGUGGUGCGGACGCCGCUCGUGGACCGGUGGCUCUGGCCGGGCCUGGCGCCGGGCGCGUCGUCGAGGGGCGGCCGCGUGGUGCUGGCCGGCGACGCGUGGCACCCCAUGACGCCCAACCUCGGCCAGGGCGCCUGCUGCGCGCUCGAGGACGCCGUCGUCCUGGCGCGCCGCCUCGCGCCCGCCGCCGCGGGCGGCGGCGCGGGCGCCGGCGUCGUCGAGGCGGCGAUGCGCGCGUACGAGACGGAGCGGUGGGCGCGCGUGUUCCCGCUGACGGCGCGCGCGGGGCUGGUGGGCGCGCUGGUGCAGUGGGAGAACCCCGCGGUGUGCGCGGCGCGCGACGGCGUGGUGAUCCCGAGGCUCGUCAGGCUGGGCCCCUUCCUGGAGCACACCAACUUCGAGUGCGACCUGAUCGAGCCGGCGCCGCAGUCGCCGUGAUCGAAAGCCUACACUGUAUAGAUCAGUGUCCGACUCCUUACAGCAUUUUUACUGCUCACUGAUACAUAGUGUAAUCGUUGGCUCAAAGAUUAGUGUAUAGCAAAUGUAUAAGGUCUAAGCAACUGAAUUAUGUUUUUUUUACGGAAGAAAGUUAAACGACAAAUAAGUGGUUUAGGGAGAA